AUGAAUCAGCGAACCAGGUAUCCUCCGGGGAUCGGUGGUCCGGGUGUUGGUAGAGGCGGUGGGAACAUGAACCCCAAUGCGAACCCUAACUUUCAGCCGAGGAAUCCGCAGCAGUAUAUACAGAGGAAUCCAAUGCAUUAUCAGAAUCAACCACCACCGCAGCAGCAGCAGCAAUGGCUGCGUAGAAAUCAGUUAAGUAAUGAGGCUGCAGUAGAUGAGGUCGAGAAGACCGUCCAAUCUGAAGCCGUUGACUCAAGUUCACAAGACUGGAAGGCAAAGCUAAAGGUUCCUCCACCAGAUACGCGGUAUAGAACUGAGGAUGUGACCGCCACCAAAGGAAAUGAAUUUGAAGACUACUUUUUGAAGCGAGAGUUGCUUAUGGGAAUAUAUGAAAAGGGUUUUGAAAGACCAUCUCCAAUUCAGGAGGAAAGUAUCCCAAUCGCUCUAACUGGAAGUGAUAUUUUGGCCCGAGCUAAAAAUGGAACUGGAAAAACUGCAGCCUUUUGUAUUCCCGCCUUAGAAAAGAUUGAUCAAGAUAACAAUGUCAUUCAAGUUGUUAUCCUUGUCCCUACAAGAGAAUUGGCUCUUCAGACAUCACAAGUUUGUAAAGAACUUGGCAAGCACUUGAAAAUUCAAGUCAUGGUUACCACCGGUGGGACAAGCUUGAAAGAUGACAUUAUGCGUCUAUAUCAACCUGUUCAUUUGCUUGUUGGAACUCCGGGUAGAAUUCUGGAUCUUGCAAAGAAGGGUGUUUGUGUUUUGAAAGGUUGUGCAAUGAUGAUUAUGGAUGAGGCUGAUAAGCUAUUAUCACCGGAGUUCCAACCAUCUAUAGAGCAUCUUAUUCGUUUCAUGCCUGCAAACCGGCAAAUCUUGAUGUUUUCUGCUACCUUUCCUGUCACUGUCAAGGAUUUCAAAGACAGAUACUUGAAGAAGCCAUAUGUCAUUAAUCUCAUGGACGAGCUUACUCUGAAGGGUAUUACACAGUAUUAUGCUUUUGUUGAAGAAAGACAGAAAGUUCACUGUCUUAACACUCUCUUCUCGAAGCUUCAAAUCAAUCAAUCAAUCAUCUUCUGCAAUUCAGUCAAUCGAGUGGAGCUUUUGGCCAAGAAAAUUACCGAACUUGGAUAUUCUUGCUUCUAUAUUCAUGCAAAAAUGCUUCAAGAUCACCGCAAUAGAGUAUUUCACGACUUCCGUAAUGGUGCAUGCAGGAAUCUUGUUUGCACUGAUCUGUUUACCAGAGGGAUAGACAUUCAGGCUGUCAAUGUUGUCAUUAAUUUUGACUUUCCGAAAAAUUCAGAAACAUAUUUACACAGGGUUGGUAGAUCUGGGAGGUUUGGGCAUCUUGGAUUGGCUGUGAAUCUGAUCACCUAUGAGGAUCGCUUCAACUUGUAUAGGAUUGAGCAAGAAUUGGGAACUGAAAUCAAGCAAAUCCCACCGCACAUAGAUCAAGCCAUUUACUGUCGAUGGGCUGCCAUUGCUUCUCAAUUACCUGGUAGAACCGAUAAUGAGGUCAAGAAUUUGUGGAACACUCAUCUUAAAAAGCGCCUGAUAUGUCUUGGCAUUGAUCCUCGGACUCAUGAGCCUUCAGCUAUGCUGAACAUACUGUCUGCAAACUCUUCCACCCGUCACAUGGCACAGUGGGAGAGUGCAAGGCUCGAAGCUGAGGCGCGCCUGCGCCUAUCUAGAGAAUCGUUCCACUUGGUGCCUUCAUCAACUGAGAAGUCAUCUGAGUCGGACUAUAUUCUGCGGAUGUGGAAUUCCGAGGUAGGAGAAGCAUUUCGCAAUUUCAAUCCAAGUCAGAAAACUUCUUGUCAAAGCCCCACCUCUCAAGCUUCUUCAUCGACCAAGUGUGGAUCGACUUCAGGGGCCAUCAAGGAGGAGAACCUGUGUUCAACUGAUUAUUCCAUGGCGGCUGGAACUGGAAGCAAUCAAACUGAAGAUAUAGAAUACAAGUGUAGCAGACCAGUUGUUGAAGAUGUUCCUCUUGGUGCAGAUUCUGCUUGCUCUAGUGACUUGGAGGAUUCCUCCGAAUUAACAUUGCAGCUACUCCUAGAUUUCCCUGGUUCCAAUGAUAUGAGCUUCUUAGGAAAUACCGAUAACUACAUGUACUCUGGUGUUAACAGUUGA